UCUCCCAGUUGCUGUCUGGCAGUCAGUGCCUGUGUUUCUCUGCAGGAGGAAAGCCUCGCUUUAUCCCUUUAACAGGAGGAGGAGAGAGAGAAAUACAGGGAGAGGAGCAGAAACUUCUAGCAUCUGAGCACAGGCGAACUGGCAGCAAACAGAGAGGGGAGAGGCCAGAGCUGAAAUCCGCUUUUUAUUUCUCUCCCACAACCCCCCUCCCACCACCACCACGUCCCUCUCUCUUAAUCCGAUCUGCAAGAGAACUCAGUUCCCAGUCAUUGCGAGUGAUCACCUGCAUUGACAGUGCGGCUGGCUCUAUCUAACUGGAAAAAUAAUGGUGCAGUUAAAGCUCAGAAUGCGAUUUCUGACCUGAUAGCUCACUCAGACAGUGAGGGGGCAGAGGUGAGAAGGAAGAACCUUGGUGGAAGGGAGAAAUUUUCAUUUUAAAUGAACUGGAGCCCCUCUCUCCUCCUCCCAGUAGUUUCUCCCUGCCCGGUUUCAGCCAGAGAAGCUGGUGUACCCAUGGUCGAUGCUAAGGGCAGGAGCAUGAAAUGUUUCACUUUCUUCCUCAUGCUUCCAGAGGCAGUGAAGAAAUCCAAGAAGGUAUCCAAGGAAAGCCGGCUACCCAUCUGCUACGAUAUCCUCACCUUGAACCAGAGGAUGCCAGGGGACACCUAUGGCAGGAACGGCAACAGCAGCAACAAGAGGGCAGCUGGGACCAGCUGCGCCAGCUCUAACUAUCAACAAAACCUCAACAACAACAACACAAUCGAGGCUGCCAACUGGCAGGGGCUGUACCCCACUAUCCGAGAGAGAAAUGCUGUGAUGUUUAACAAUGACCUGAUGGCAGACGUUCACUUUGUGGUUGGACCACAAGGAGGGACUCAGCGAUUGCCUGGCCACAAGUAUGUUCUGGCUGUUGGGAGCUCAGUAUUUCACGCCAUGUUUUAUGGGGAAUUGGCAGAAGAUAAGGAUGAAAUUCGAAUUCCUGACAUCGAACCUUGUGCUUUUCUCACUUUGCUGAAGUACAUCUACUGUGACGAGAUUGAGUUGGCAGCGGACACCGUCCUGGCUACCCUGUACGCAGCGAAGAAGUACAUUGUCCCUCACCUGGCCCGAGCCUGCGUGAACUUCUUGGAGACCAGCCUGAGUGCCAAGAAUGCCUGUGUGCUGUUAUCCCAGAGCUGCCUGUUUGAGGAGCCCGAGCUGACCCAGAGGUGCUGGGAGGUCAUCGAUGCCCAGGCCGAGCUGGCUCUGAGGUCUGAGGGCUUCUGCGACAUUGAUUACCAGACCCUGCAGAGCAUCCUGAAUCGGGAGACUCUCAAUGCCAAGGAGAUCGUCCUGUUCGAGGCCGUGCUGAACUGGGCCGAGGUGGAGUGUCAGAGGCGGGAGAUCUCUGCCAGCAUCGAAAACAAACGCAAGGUCCUGGGUAAGGCACUCUACCUGAUCCGCAUCCCUGCCAUGUCCCUGGACGAUUUCGCCAACGGCGCCGCCCAGUCUGGCGUCCUGACGCUCAACGAGACCAACGACAUCUUUCUCUGGUACACCGCGGCCAAGAAGCCGGACCUGGAGUUCGUCUCCAGGCCCCGGAAAGGCCUGGCCCCUCAGCGCUGCCACCGUUUCCAGUCCUGCGCCUACCGCAGCAACCAGUGGCGUUACCGGGGUCGCUGUGACAGCAUCCAGUUCGCGGUGGACAAGCGGGUUUUUGUCGCCGGCUUCGGGCUGUACGGUUCGAGCUGCGGGGCGGCUGAGUACAGCGCCACCCUCGAGCUGAAGAGGCAGGGAGCCCUGCUGUGCCAGAACUUCACCAAAUUCUACUCGGAUGGCUCCAGCCACACCUUCCCAGUGUGGUUCGAGCACCCAGUGCAGAUAGAACCGGACACUUUCUACACGGCCAGCGUGGUCCUGGACGGGAAUGAGCUCAGUUACUUUGGACAGGAGGGCAUGACGGAAGUACAGUGCGGUAAAGUCUCUUUCCAGUUCCAGUGCUCCUCAGACAGCACCAAUGGCACAGGGGUACAAGGGGGUCAGCUGCCAGAGCUGAUAUUCUACGCCUGAGCCACCUGUACGUUUCC